CGCAUCAUUCAGUUUCGUUUUCACAUUCUCUCUCUAUUGCGAUUCAAAUUCUUCAUAUUUCUAUCCGGCGACGUGGAGAGCAAUCUGAUCCAGGUUUUGAGAUCGUUCGUUCGUCCGUCAUCACAAUUCGAUAAUAGUUAUGAAUCCUGAAUAUGAUUAUUUGUUCAAGCUUUUGUUGAUUGGAGAUUCUGGAGUUGGAAAAUCAUGUCUUCUUUUGAGAUUUGCUGAUGAUUCUUAUCUUGACAGCUACAUUAGCACAAUUGGUGUAGACUUUAAAAUACGAACAGUGGAGCAGGAUGGGAAAACAAUUAAACUUCAAAUUUGGGAUACUGCUGGUCAAGAACGAUUCAGGACAAUAACGAGUAGUUACUACAGAGGAGCACAUGGAAUCAUUAUAGUUUAUGACAUAACAGAUCUGGAUAGUUUCAAUAAUGUGAAACAAUGGUUGAGUGAAAUUGAUCGUUAUGCAAGUGAGAAUGUAAACAAACUUCUUGUUGGUAACAAAUGUGAUCUAACUGAUAAUAGAGCUGUCUCUUAUGACACUGCUAAGGCAUUUGCUGAUGAAAUUGGAAUUGCAUUUAUGGAAGCUAGUGCUAAAGACUCAACUAACGUUGAACAAGCUUUCAUGGCUAUGGCUUCUGACAUCAAAAACAGGAUGGCGAAUCAACCUGCGGCCAAUGUGAAACUGCCAACUGUGCAGAUUCGCGGGCAACCAGUUAACCAGAAAGGUGGUUGUUGCUCUAAUUAAUUAACUAAUUAAUUCAUUUUUGUUUGGUUAAUUAAUUAAUUAAUUUCUUAUAUAUAUAUAUAUGAUUGGCUAAUUAAUGGGCUUCUGUUUUCUGUUUAGAAGCUCUAUUUAUUUAAUUUAGG